AUUUUCAUGUUUUGGAACUAAAUUUGCUAAUGUAAAUAUUAAAAAGCUAUGUCAGCUUGUAGCACAUUUAAAUGUGCAUCGUUAUUCCUUAAUUCACGGCCACAAAUUAAGUGUUUCAGUGCGGCCAACAAAAGUGAUGGGAGCACUGGACAAGAAUCCGCAAAAAUAAAUGUCUUUAAAUGUUCCAAGCAUAAAAGCUACUCCAAUAGUUUUGUCUGCGGUGCUAAUGCAAAAUAUAUGGAAAUUCUUUUCUCAAAAUGGAUUCAUGAUCCUAAUUCAGUGCAAACGUCAUGGCAACUAUAUUUUACUGACAUUUUAAGGAGCAGCGACAAUUUAAACAAAAAAAAUGCAAUUAAAGAAUUUGUGGAAACCAAACCAAAAUUCGAUAAUCUCCCAGAAUCGACCGCUGAUGAUGUGACUCAAAGGCCCCCCUUGCAAGGAUCGGAUUGUGUGCUAGGACAUAUAAUCUUAAGUCCACGAGAAGAGGUAAAUUCCACAUCCACAGAUGCCCCAGAUGAAUUGAUACAGCACAUAUCUAAACCAAAAAUACGACCAUACAAUACAAAAAAUAACAGCACUUUCAAUAAAAAUAAUGCUGGACAUGUCGAAGUUAUGAAAAGGGUGAAGGCUGCUCUCGAAAAGGAACCAUUUAGCACCAGGCGCGACUAUAUCAAAAAACAGCUGAAACUUAUAGAGAAGAAAAAAUGGCGAAAGCCUUUGGAAUUUAAGAAAGGGAGUGAUAAAAUUAUUUUGGAAUAUCGCAAGCCAAGGGAAAAGCCACAAAAAUAAAAAUAGAACCCGACAGCAAGCAAAGAAAAGAAAUGUUAUAGCUAUUUUUAGGAUCCGAUUGCCCACUUUUUGAUAUAUAUUAUCAGAAAUUGUCAUGUUAUGAACAACUUGACAAAUCAAAUUCUCCUGAGUCAAUAAAGAAAAAUGCUCGACAGUAAAUAGUUUCAAAAUUUAUCAGAUUCUCAAAAUUUUAAAUAGACUUCUCUUAUUUUGCGUACAAAAAACCAUGAAUCUUAGCAAUGCCAAACUUGGACAUGUCAUAUUUUCCAAGAGUCUGGGAUAUGAAUAUGGGUGCCAUAAUAAGACCCGUCGGAGUUUGCAAGUUGCCGCCACUAUAUUUGCAGGCCAAAUUAAUCCAGGAGCUUAUUUCGAUAGCCUGGCAAAUGGGAGCAACGCCGUUUACAUCGACAGAUUGUACUCCAAGUGGUGGAAGAAUCCCAGCUCCGUGGAUGAGUCCUGGGAUGCGUAUUUUAAGGGCAAGUCACGAGACUUUUCCACUCUGUCUAAGCCCAAAAAAAAGGAAUCGAAGCCUACGGCGAACGCAUCACGGAGUGUCUCGGCCACCGCUGGAACUGCAACAGCUGCUCCGAAUGCUGAUUGGAAAUACAUAGAUGAUCAUUUGGCUGUACAGGCCAUAAUCCGAGCUUAUCAAACGCGUGGUCAUCUCGCUGCUGAUCUGGAUCCGUUGGAGAUUGUGGGUCCAACGGGUCAUUACUUAUCCAUCGAUGACAGGAAAUUACAGGCAACACGAGCUGUGCUGCGCCAGCAUUAUUCCUAUUCCUUCAAUGAUUUGAAUGCUCUGUUCAAGCUUCCAAUAUCCACAUUAAUUGGUGGCAAUGAGCAAUUCCUGCCACUUAAAGAAAUUUUGGAACGCUUGGAGCGUGUUUAUUGCGGUCAUAUUGGUGUGGAAUACAUGAUGAUCACAUCAUUCUUUAAAAGCAACUGGAUACGUGAGCAUUUCGAGAAGCCCGGCUCUAUGAAUUUCACAGCCGAUGAGAAGAAGCUGAUCCUGGAGCGACUCACACGCUCCACCGGUUUCGAGAACUUUCUGGCGAAAAAGUUCAGCUCGGAGAAACGCUUUGGAUUGGAAGGCUGUGAUAUAAUGAUACCAGUCCUCAAGGAAAUUAUCGAUCAAUCAGUCAAGUCAGGCGUUGAGUCUGUCUACAUUGGGAUGGCUCAUCGUGGCCGCCUAAAUGUUCUGGCCAAUAUAUGCCGCAAGCCGAUCAAGGACAUACUCUCUCAGUUCCGUACGCUUAAGGCCAGGGAUUGGGGUUCCGGUGAUGUGAAAUAUCAUCUGGGUGUGUUCAGUGAUCGACUGAAUCGAUUCAAUAACAAAAACGUUCGGAUCACCGUUGUGGCGAAUCCAUCGCAUCUGGAGUUUGUCAAUCCGGUGGUGUUGGGUAAGGCACGUGCCGAAAUGUAUCAUCGUGGCGAUUACCGGGGCAACAAAGUGCUGCCGAUUAUGAUGCACGGAGAUGCCUCCUUUUGUGGCCAGGGCGUUGUCUACGAGUCCAUACAUUUGUCGGAUCUGCCUGCCUACACCACGCAUGGCUCCAUUCACGUGGUGGUCAACAAUCAGGUGGGCUUCACCACAGAUCCACGUUUCUCGCGCUCCUCGCGCUACUGUACGGAUGUCGCUCGUGUCCUCAGUGUACCCAUUUUCCAUGUCAAUGCCGAUGAUCCGGAGGCGUGUGUUCAUUGUGCUCGCGUUGCCGCCAAAUGGCGGGCGAAAUUCCACAAGGAUGUGGUCAUUGAUAUUGUCGGCUAUCGUCGCAAUGGCCACAAUGAGGCAGACGAGCCAAUGUUCACCCAGCCCCUAAUGUAUCAGCGCAUUCGCAAGAUGAAGCCCUGCACGAUCAAGUAUGCCGAUCGACUAGUCAAAGCUGGUGUCAUUAAAAUGGAGGACUACACUGCAAUGGUCAGCAAGUAUGAAAAGCUCUGUAAUGAUGCCUUCAAGGAGUCCAAGAAGAUCAAAACAUUUAAGAAUUCGCACUGGUUGGAUUCACCGUGGUCAGCCUUCUUUCAGGGUCGGGAUCGUCUCAAGAUGUGUCCAACGGGUGUUAAUCUCAAGGUAAUCGAACAUAUUGGAAACGUUUACUCCUCACCGCCGCCUCCAGAGCAAAAGUUCGAUUUGCACAGGGGUAUUAUGCGUAUCUUGGCAAUGCGUAAAAAGAUGAUGGAGGAAUGUAUGGCGGAUUGGUCGUUGGGCGAAGCGUUAGCGUUCGGUACACUAGUUAAGGAUGGGAUACAUGUGCGUCUGUCCGGGCAGGAUGUGGAGCGUGGCACCUUCUCGCAUCGCCAUCAUGUGCUGCAUCAUCAGUCUAAGGAUCGACAGAGCUACAAUUCGCUUCAGUUUCUGUAUCCCGAUCAGGCCGAGUAUUUCGUAUGCAAUAGUUCCUUGUCGGAGUGUGCGGUCAUGGGUUUCGAUCUGGGCUUUUCGAUGGCCAAUCCCCGUACGCUUGUCAUUUGGGAGGCGCAAUUUGGUGACUUUGUCAAUACAGCUCAGCCGAUUAUCGACCAAUUUUUGGCCAGCGGUGAAACGAAGUGGGUGCGUCAAUCUGGUCUUGUUCUCUUCCUGCCACAUGGCAUGGAGGGCAUGGGUCCGGAACAUUCCUCGGGUCGCAUUGAACGCUUUCUGCAGCUCAGCGACGAUGAUCAAGACUGCUUUCCGGAUCUGUCCGAUCCUGACUUUGUUGCCCGCCAACUGUUGGCCGUUAAUUGGUUUAUCACGAAUGUGACGACGCCAGCGAAUCUCUUCCAUGCGCUGCGGCGUCAGGUGGCCCUCGGUUUUCGUAAGCCUCUCAUCAAUUUUACACCUAAGUCGCUGCUGCGUCAUCCGUUGGCAAGGAGUCCUUUCCAGGACUUUGACGAAUGCAGCUCGUUCCAGCGCUGCAUUCCCGAAACGGGUAAGGCAGCAGCGAGUCCUGAUUGUGUGGAGAAGCUCAUUUUCUGCUCCGGAAAAGUCUAUUACGAUCUGCUCAGAGAGCGCGAAGAUCACCAGCAGGAAGAAACCGUAGCCAUUGCAAGGCUGGAACAGCUCUGUCCGUUCCCCUACGAUGCUGUUGUCACGGAGAUUGAAAAGUAUAAAGCCGCCGAGCUGAUCUGGCUGCAGGAGGAGCACAAGAAUCAGGGCGGUUGGCCCUAUGUUAAACCACGCUUCGACACAACGCUUCUCAAUAUCGAUAAUGAAAAGCGCUGCAUUGUUUAUCGUGGACGAUUACCAAAUUCGGCAUCAGCCACUGGCAAUAAAGUACAGCAUUAUCACGAAUACAGAGAGUACAUGACCAGUGUUUUCGGCGGACUCACAGACGCUAAUAAGGCGCGACUCAAGGCCAUUAAGAACGAGAAGCAAAAGAGCGCGAAGCACAAAUCCGAGGCUAGCUUGGCGAAGGCCAAGUCUAAGCAAGCCGCAAAGAAGGCAACUUCAUCGUCAGAAAAACCUUCAGCAAAAGAACCCAAAAAAGUAUCCUCAAAUGAAACCAAACAAGCACCGCCAACUGACGAACCAAAACCGACAGAAGAACCCAAAAAAGUAUCCCCAAAAGAACCGAAACAAGCAGCCCCAACUGACGAAGCUAAACCAAAACGGGCAGCAAAAGCGUCAGAAAAACUACCAAAAACUAUUAAUAUAGUUAGAGAAGUGGUUAUUAAACCUGUGAAAUUUCCAUCUCCAACUAAGAAGCAUAGAAAUGAUGAAGAUUCAGCAGCUAAGACAACCAAAGAAGCGCCAGACGAUCCUUUCGAAAAAUAGUACGUAUUAUAUUCUCCAAUACAGUAUUGAGUCGUUUGUUUAUAAAUAAAACUCUGUUCUUAUAUUUGAAAUAAUUUAAUAAAAA